CCUGCCGGGCCGUGCGGGCGCUGGGUCCCGGGGGCCGCCGCCGCCGCCGCCGCCGCCGCCGCCGCCGCGUCCGGUCCAUUCCGUCACCAGCCGGGGCUCGGGCCCGGGCCCGGGCCCCCGGGGCAUGGCCCUCCGGAGCGCUCAGGGCGACGCCUCCACCUCCAGCCGCUGGAGCGGCGGCUCCGAGAAGACAGACUUCAGUGCCAAAAGGAAGAAGAAAGUAGCAGAGAUUCAGCAGGCUCUGAACAGUGACCCCACGGAUGUGGCUGCACUCAGACGCAUGGCGAUCAGUGAGGGGGGCCUCCUGACCAAUGAGAUCCGGCGCAAAGUGUGGCCCAAACUCCUCAAUAUCAGCACCAGUGACCCCCCACCUACAUCAGGGAAGGACUUACGACAGAUGAGCAAGGACUACCAGCAAGUGCUUCUGGAUGUCAGGCGGUCUUUGCGGCGCUUCCCUCCUGGUAUGCCGGAAGAGCAGAGAGAAGGGCUGCAGGAGGAGCUCAUCGACAUCAUCCUCCUCGUCUUGGAGCGCAACCCGCAGCUGCAUUACUACCAGGGCUACCAUGACAUCGUGGUCACGUUUCUGCUGGUGGUAGGAGAUGAUCUGGCGACAUCCCUGGUAGAAAAAUUGUCUACCCAUCACCUCAGGGAUUUCAUGGAUCCAACAAUGGACAACACCAAGCACAUAUUAAACUAUCUGAUGCCCAUCAUAGACCAGGUGAAUCCAGAGCUCCAUGACUUCAUGCAGAGUGCUGAAGUGGGGACCAUCUUUGCCCUCAGCUGGCUCAUCACCUGGUUUGGACACGUCCUAUCUGACUUCAGGCACAUCGUGCGGUUAUACGACUUCUUCCUGGCCUGCCACCCUCUGAUGCCCAUUUAUUUUGCAGCUGUGAUCGUGUUGUAUCGAGAACAGGAAGUCCUGGAUUGUGACUGCGACAUGGCCUCAGUCCACCACCUGUUGUCCCAGAUCCCUCAGGACCUGCCCUAUGAGACGCUGAUCAGUAGAGCAGGAGACCUCUUUGUUCAGUUUCCCCCAUCCGAACUCGCCCGGGAGGCGGCUGCCCAGCAGCAAGCAGAGCAAACGGCAGCCUCUACCUUCAAAGACUUUGAGCUGGCCUCCGCCCAGCAGAAGCCCGACAUGGUGCUGCGGCAGCGGUUCCGGGCAGCUCUGCGGCCUGAGGACCGAACAAAAGAUGUCCUGACCAAGCCCCGGACCAGCCGCUUUGUGAAACUGGCAGUGAUGGGACUGACGGUGGCACUGGGAGCGGCCGCUCUGGCCGUGGUGAAGAGUGCCCUGGAGUGGGCUCCCAAGUUUCAGCUGCAGCUGUUCCCCUAGGGCCGAGGCGGGCGCUGCCUCUCACCUACCACGGCGAGGUCUCGCGCUUCCAUCUGGGGCAGGGAGGGUCGGGGCUCCUUUAUUAAAAGGGUCUCUGGCAAGGGUCUUCUCUUCCUGCCCCAUUUCCCUGGUGGCCCACGGUUUCCCUGCCACGUGGCAGCUGGGUGUGGCACUCUCCUCCACACCGUGGGCUGCUGAGUGGGCUCCGGGCUGUCUCCUUGUGUGUUGGGGUCAGCUGUGUUUGAUAACCCUCUGCGCCUGGCAGCUGGGGGCCCACUCGGCUGCCCAGUGGUGAGGAAGCCGGACCGCUGAGCUCGCUCCUCACGGCUCCUCCUGUUCUGUCUGCAUCAGCCAGACAAGGGGGACAGGAGCUUUGCCAAAGAAGUGGGACCUGGGAACAGAACCAAGGGGCAGGAGUGCUCACCCAGAGCCAGGUGAACCCCUCAGGAGCUGCUCCUUUGCUGAUCGGAAUUGAAGGGACAUGUGAACUAGGUGAACCUGUUUUCCACUUAGAACUCACUUGGGCAUUUCCAGCCAUCUGGGAAGGAAUGUUCAUUUCAGGGCACAGACCUAGCGUGGUUUUGCUUGGUGUUCCCCUCCUCCUUUUCUUUUCCUUUUCACCUCUGUAUUCUUAUCCACAGCCACAUGACAUAGCUUAUGAAAGGUACCUUUAUUACUGUUUUUCAGACUAACAUACAUCUAAGAUGUAAGUACCUUCAUUUUUAAGAGUUCCUGUAGAACUCAGAAGCAUGAGGUACUGACUCUGAGGUUUUGGGGUUUUUGGUUUUGUUGUUUUGUUUUGGGGCCACAUCGGGUGAUGCUCUGGGGUUACUCCUGGCUCUGCACUCAGGAAUUAAUCCUGGCAGUGCUCAGGGGACCAUAUGGGAUGCCUGAAAUUGAACUGAGGUUGGCUACAUGCAAAGCAAGCUACCUACCCACUGUACUCUUGCUCCGGCCCCUGGUUGUUUUAUCUGUUUUGGGGUCACCCACCCAGUAAUGCUCAAGGGUUACCCCUGGCUCUGCACCCAGGAAUUACUCCUGGUAGUGCUCAGAGCAGACCAUAUGGGAUGCCAGGGAUCGAACCCAGAUCUGCCACAUGGAAGCUUGUGAUACUGCUCUGGGCCCACUCUGAGGUUUUCUUUCUUUUGACAUUUUACUUAGCCAGUGUUGCUUUUUGUAAAACAUCCCUACCGUUUCCAAAGUGCCCACAACUUGUUCAGUUUCCCUCCCUUCCUUCAUUUUUUCCAUUU